GUGCAAUGAGGCUCUCGUCCUCUCUUCUUCCUCUGCUUCUUCUUCUUCUUCUUCUCCCUCACCCUAUCUCCCAAAGAGCAAGUCGACGGUAUCUCCAAGUUUGCUUGCUCCAUAUGAUGUGCAAAUACGUCAAUCCCAUUCGUCAUCUCUGCUCCUUCGCCCCCCGGACCGCAGAGGAGAAGAAUUGGCUCCAGCCGAGGGACAGGUUCCCGCAAUCAUGUCUAUAUCCAGCCCAAGCUCAAAAGCUAGCCGAGCGAGACGCAAGACGAGGCGUGCUUUACCGCCCAUCACAGCCGGAUCUCCCACUACUGUACAAAGCCACGGGUCACUCCGUAAACGAACUUGCCGUUUGAGCUUGCGGAAGGCUUGCCUACGUACUAAAAAUGGACGAAGGGAACCCUCAGACAUUU